AUUGUGCUCAGUGCCCCAGCAGCAAUUGAAGAGAAAAGUCGUGCUGGAAGUGGAAAGAAGGAAUAUACGCUGCUACAAUGAGUGAGGAAAUAGUUAAUCCCAAUGAGCAUCUGAUCAUUCCCGACUGGAUCAAUGAGAAGUACUUUACUGGAGUGCUGGCCAAAGAUGAACCCAAUCAUGUGAAGAUAUUGAAGUUUACCAAAGUGGCGGCGAUUCCCCCAGGGGAGAACUUUACCUCGACUAUGAUAAGGGUCUACAUCGAAUUGGAAAUGAAGGAUGGCAGUGUAAAAACCAAAACGUACAUCUUCAAGACCAUGCUGCCAGAGGAACGUGGCGGCAGUGACAUCAAUGACUUUGGCCUGUUCCCCAAAGAGGCCAAGAUGUACGAGAAAUAUCUUCCUGCCUUCGAGGGGCUGUACAGGACUGCCGGCUGGAAGAUACAACUGGCACCGCAGUGUCUCCACACGGAGGAGCGCGAGGGCAACAUUCACUUCAUUUUCGAGGAUUUGUGCGUGAAGAGAUUCCAGAAUAUCGAUCGCACCAAGGGCCUGGACUUGGAGCACAUGACGCGGGCGCUGCACAAGUUGGCCGAAUACCAUGCCGCCAGUGCGGUCUAUGAGGAGCAGCAUGGACCCUAUCCCAGUGAAUUCCUAGAGGGUUUCGUGACCUUGAAAGCAUCAAAAUUUCACAUGGAUGCAUUUAAGUUAAAAGAGCCUGCCUUUAAGAAGGCCAUGCUGACAUGGGGCAUGACAGAUGCGGAGAAGUAUGUCAAGGAAUUUCCCACUGCAGAUCAGUAUUGGGCUCAAUCAUUGAGUUGCCUGGAUGUGCUGCCAAAUGAUUUUAAUGUGCUGAAUCAUGGCGACUUUUGGUCCAGCAAUCUGAUGAGCAAUUAUCUGCCAAGUGGCAAAAUAGAUGAGCUAAUCCUAGUGGAUUUUCAGAUCGUUAAAUGGGGCAAUCCCGCGCAGGAUCUGCUUUUCUUUAUUAUACUCUCGGCGGCCACAGACAUUCGCAUAAAGGAGUUUGAUAACUUUGUGCGAAUCUACUGGGAUCGUCUGAUCGAAUGUCUCAAGGUUCUGAAGUUCAAGAAACCCAUUCCCACACUGAGGGAUAUUCAGCGCUCCAUGUAUGCAAAGGAGAAUUCAUUUUAUGCCUUCUUUAGUUUGAUGAAUCACUUGCCAAUCAUAUUGUUCCCCACCGAUAAGGACAGCAAUUUGCACACUAUAUCAGCAGAAACCGAAGAGGGCGAAAGUCUGCGAUUGCGUCUUUUAUCGAAUCCUGCCUUUGGCAGUGUAAUGAAGGAUCUGUAUCCCUUUCUUUAUAAUCGCGGGCUGCUUAACUUUGCUGAUUACGAUGUCUGAUUGUUUUAUGGAAACUAAUUUGCUGGCAAAUAAAAUGUAGACUGUAGUAAACUGUU